GGAAGAAGAGGGGAAGAAGAGGGGAGGCAACGGAAGUUAAAUUAUUUCAGGGAUAUAUUGUACCCGAUAAGAUAAUGCUUUUACAAUCCUCACUUUUCCGAUGCAAGUUUUCAUAUAUAUAAGUUCGUGUUAUAUUCUCGGAUAAGCUUGUCUGCUUUCUUCUUUUUUUUUAUUUUAUAUGUAAAUCAUGCUCUUCACGAAUAAUAAUAUUUCUUCGACUACAAAUAAUUUAAUAUUAGACCAUCUCUUUUAUCAAUCAAUUCAAUCAAGAAUUCAAAAGGCUCUUUCUUAUGAAGAAGAAGAAGAAGAAAAUUAUCAGGCCGAAACAGACAAUAAUAACGUUAUUGAAUCAGUUGUAGAAGGCAUACUUUCAUCCCGAAAUAAUAAAAAAUUAAUAAGAGACAAUAAAGAAGAUGCUAAAUUUGAACAAAGAUUAAAUCUUUAUAAAUUAACAAGCCUGGCCAUAGAUCGUCGUAGCAGUGGUACUAUUCAUCACGUGACAAUUCCCAAUCCUAUUCAUAUUAAUCGACAUAAUAAUAAAAGAUACAACAGAAAUGAAUUAUUGUUUUCAAAGCCUUUCAGUCCACGCUGUUGUCGCCGUCAUCGUCGUCCAAAUUGUUGUUCAUCUUUAACCUUAAGUCAACAACCAGGUUUAGCAGAAGCAAUACCAGCAUUUUUGAAGACAAGUGCUAAUAUGCUGAGAUCUGCACUCGAAAAUCAUCAAGGUGUGGCAAAGCCCUUGAUGGUAGCUGGUCAACAAGUGAUGGGAGGAGGGAUGCCUCCACGUUGGUAUGACCUCUUUCUAGACUUUUUAACUCAAGCUGCUAUCCAGAGUUAUAUGUGUGAUGGUAAAACAGGACUUGAGACUAUUUAUGACAUAUUUUCAUAUGGCUAUGUAGAAGAUGAGGAUGAAGAAGAUGAAGAAGUGAGUGAAGAAGAAGAUGAAGAGGACGAUGAUAACUGGAAUGUUAAAGCAGCAGAUCAUCAUUUAUUAUUUCCAAAAACGAGAACAAUGUUUUUAUUCAAGCUACAAGUACGUGAAAGAGAAAAAGAGAAAUACACUUUAAAGAAUUAGAAAAACUUUAUCCAUUAGUUUAUUUUGAAAGAAAUCUAUGUAAUUUUAUCCAAAUGAUACUAGAGCAUAUGGAAUUGCCUGCGUUAGAUAAGUGCGAUAGUUUGAGUCCAGUU